UCAAGGGCCCCCGAGAGAAAGGCUCGAGAGGCUUGUGGGUCGGAGGGACGCACAGCGUUGGGCAGCGGGCUGCUCAAGUUGCCGUCGAGGAUUCCCGGGCGUCUCUCUCUCUGAGGCCCUCGGCCAGUGGAAGGAAACGGGCUGAGUCUUCGCUGCUGUUGCGCUCCCCCGGGCCUGACGCGCCCCUCGGCACAGCCACGCUGGCGCAUCUUCUCCCAGCUCCGGCGAUGUACAGCAUGUUGGAGGGCGAGCUCAAGCCCCCCCAGGCCAACCCUGGAGGCGGCUCGACGGGAACCGGAGUCCCGGGAAGCGGCGGCAAAGGAGUCGGUGGUGGUGGCGGAGGAGGAGGAGGAGGCGGCGGGGGUGGAGGAGGAGGUGGCGGCAAUGGCGCGACGGACCAAGACCGGGUGAAGAGGCCCAUGAACGCCUUCAUGGUGUGGUCGCGGGGCCAGCGGCGCAAGAUGGCUCAGGAGAACCCCAAGAUGCACAACUCGGAGAUCUCCAAGCGCCUGGGAGCUGACUGGAAGCUGCUGAGCGACUCGGAGAAGCGGCCCUUCAUCGACGAGGCCAAGCGGCUGCGCGCCGUCCACAUGAAGGAAUAUCCGGAUUAUAAAUACCGGCCCCGUCGGAAGACGAAGACGCUGCUCAAGAAGGACAAGUACUCUUUGCCGGGCAACUUGCUGGCGCCCGGAGGUGGCGGCGGCGGAGGAGGGGUGAGUAGCCCCGUGGGCGUCGGGCAGCGCCUGGACUCUUACGCGCACAUGAACGGCUGGCCCAACGGCGCGUACGCCUCCCUCAUGCCCGAGCAGCUGGGCUACGGGCAGCACCCGGCCAUGGGCAACGCGCAGCUCCAGCCCAUGCACCGCUACGACGUAAGCGGCCUCCAGUACAGCCCCAUCAUGUCCAGCGCGCAGCCCUACAUGAGCGCGGCCGCCUCCACCUACACCAUGUCCCCCGCCGCCGCAGCUGCGGCCGCCGCCGCCUAUGGGCAGCAGCCGUCGGGCCACUCCAUGAGCCUGGGCUCCAUGGGCUCUGUAGUGAAGUCCGAGCCCAGCUCGCCGCCGCCGGCCAUCGCCUCGCACUCCCAGCGGGCCUGCUUGGGAGACCUGAGGGAUAUGAUCAGCAUGUACCUGCCGCCGGGCGGAGACGCGGCCGACCCGUCGACGCUCCAGGGCCCCCGGCUACACAGUGUCCACCAACACUAUCAGAGCGCCGGGACUUCGGUGAACGGCACCGUGCCACUGACUCAUAUCUAGCGGGGGGCCCGUCGGAAGCCCCCAGGCCGCCCCCGCCGGCGCUGCUCGCGGCGGACUUGCCGUCGAGGAUCUCUGCGAGAGCGGAGCCUGACUCGCCAGCCAGCCGCUCCCAAACGCACAUCCAUAGACGUCUGGAGGGGAGGGGGGUCUUCUCGCCCCCCUUCCCACGAAACCACUAACUCGCUUUUAACCGGAUUCUUCUUCUAACUCGCGAGCAACCCCUGUUCGUCGCGCGGGGCCGGGAGGCGCAAAGCGGCCGAAGCCGAACUUUCCCCACUAACUCCGCUCGAAGGAAACGUUUUGGGUUUUUUUAAAAAAAUGUGUAAAGAGUUAAUUACUUGUUUGAAGUUAUAGAGCACAAUUUUCCUGCUAACCUGUACAGGGACUGCUGUGAAAGACUUUCUCCCCUCCAGAUUUACAGCAGGUGUCUGAACAAAAAGGGGGGGUCUUUAUCUUUGUGGGUUGGGGGGCUGAUUUUCAAGGGGCGAGUUCUGGGCUGUUGUUAAAAGGAGAGAUGAAAACGUGCGUUCAGCUUGUCUCAAGUUUAAUGUUUACAGUUUUGAUUGUAUGUGUGAGGGGGGGCAUUUUUGUCUCUUCCUCUUUAAUCCCGGACUGGAGUCCUCGUGUUUUAAAAAAAAAUCCUCUAUUUUUUAAACGAAAAGUGUAACUUGAUGUCUGCACCAGCUCCGUUAACUCGCUACAACUUUUAAACUUGGAUGCAAGUCUCUUUUUGGGGAAAAGGGGGUUUACUUCUAACCAAACCUGGAUCUAGGUUGGAGUGUGUCUCGCUUGGACCAAUGGGUCCCACAAGGCGACUAGGAGCCCGGUGCGAAUGGGGAGUGAAUUCGGAUUGAUGGGUUUUGGUGUCUAAAAAGCAAUGCGAGUUUUAAGACGAGGUGGAAGGGGGGCAGGAGAGAGGUUUCCGAUUUGCUUUUAAUUCCCCCCCCCCCCCCUGGCGCUUGUAUAUUUCUGUAAAUGCUAUUUUCUCCCCUCCCCUGAAUUGUGGAUUUGAGCGUGGAGCAGUUUGGAGAACAUAUCGGUCCUACAAACUACGCACCUGUUCUAGCUUUUUAUUUUGUUAUCUCGGGGGUUUCUUUGAAAAGACGGCCCCUCCCCUUCAAGACAGAACUUUACAAAAGAACAAUAAAUUUUAUAACAUGCCCUUCA